AUGGGGGCAAAUAGGAGACUCAGCGACAAGCAUAAAGAGGCGUUGAGGAAUAUUUAUCCUGAACUCAAGGCGUUGCCUCCAACCUGGCAGUUCUUCAUCGAUGAUAAAGAUGAAGUGAAUUAUUAUAUCGAUUCUGAGAACAGGAAAGUCAAGACUCGCGACCAUCCUAGGCUUGGGAAAUUACCCGAGCACUGGGUGUUCAAGGUUGUGGAGGAGAAUAAAGACAAUGGCUUCAUCAGACUCGGGUACUACAAUAAGAAGUCUCGAGAAGAAGAGCGCUUUGAUCCGCGACAUACUCCGAAAGCUUUCCAAAAGAUUCAGAAAGCAGCAGAAAAGACAGAUGGUCUGGAAAUAGCGGCAUCACUUAGGCGGUCCACGAGAAGAGAGCCCAUGGAGUUGAUGAAACGUCAGCCUAUCGGUGACACCAAUAUUCGAUCGAAAUAUGAGAUUAUGCACGUUAUUGACGAUGGCGGUGGAGGUCUUGGUGCGAUGAAUGGAGGUGUGUUUGUUGUUAGAAUCAAAGGCCAUACACGUCUUAGUGUCGAGAAACGAUUCAAGCCAGACGGGUUGGUAUAUGGGUACAAGGAGACGGAAAUGCUUCAUCGACUGAAGCAUGGAUCCCUGUCUUUCUAUACCGCCGGAUUCAUCGACAAGAGACUGGGCAUAGGAUCGGUUUAUGUCGAGUUCUGUGAUCGUGGUUCUAUGGACGACGUCUUCGACAAGUACAAUAAGCGCAACAUAUGGGCACGGGAAAACAACAAACCGCUGAAUCGUGUCCCUGAAGGUUUUCUCUGGCAUAUCCUUAUCGGCCUGGUCGACGCAAUGGCAUACCUCGCAAACGGACGUAGCUAUGUGGACCCCUCCGUACUCGAUACCAAGCCAGCAGACAAUUGGAUUCCCGUCGUACAUAGGGACAUCAAGCCCGACAAUGUGCUGUUCAGAUCGAGGGACACUCUGGGAAGUACCAAGUACCCUUACUGUGUCGUCAGCGACUUUGGGCUUGCAACCGAUGAUGUAGGCCCCAACCACGAAAAGGCAGACCACAAUCACCUCGGAGGCUAUCAGUGCGGAACAGCUACCUAUUAUGCACCAGAGCUAUGCUGGCAUCCAUACCCCAUGCCCGGCAGGAAGGAACAAUCUCAAAAAUUCGCUGACGGCAACAGACAUACCAACAAGUCAGACGUCUGGGCUGUCGGCGCAUGUGUCUACAACCUCGCCAUCGCCGAAUCACCACGUGUGAGUGGUCAAGCAAGAUGGGGCGGUAGCCAGGCGUACGCGCAUCUCAAAUUCCCCGCACCGAAAAGUCUUGAUAUCACCGCCUGGAUCCACGGAAGAGCUUCUCGCGUGAUGGAACUCGAUAUUGGCGACGACAUUGGAUAUUCCCCGCAGCUUCGCAAGGCGAUCAUCAUGGCGACCGAGUGGGACCCUGAUAAGAGACCACAGUCGGCCGAGUUAGUGCAGAUGUAUAAGAAGAUGGUGAGGGAGGCGGGACAUCAUGUUAUGGCUCCUGAGCAGUUGCCUGAGUGGGCGUUCAGGGUGCAUGACUAUCACAGUGAGAAGCCUCGUCCUGCUGAGUAA